UAACCAUAACAAUGAAAUCCGCCUUCAUCAGGAUAAAACUCAGACUCCCGGAUAACGUGAUGUAAGCGUCAAACUAUUGGUAGCCUUGCCUAUUUGGUUUCAGUUUCAUAUUGGUAGCCUUGUUUGCAUUAUAGCGCAGGUCGCGUAAAUCACUACUUAAGGUUAUGUUGACUACAAAAGCAUGUUACAUUUUCCUGGAAAUAUCAAUGUUUAUGAUCGAAGAUACGAAUGAAUUACUACGAAAUACUUGGCUGCAGCAGGGACUCCACUGACGAAGAGAUCAAGCGUGCUUAUCGGCGUCGCUUGCUGCAAUUUCAUCCUGAUAAAAGCGGCGCUACUAACAACCACGAGUUUCACAAUGUUACUGAAGCCUGGCGGAUAUUGGGACAUCCACAAUCGAGAAGGCGAUAUGAUGCAGCCUGCAAACAAGAAGAAUUGGAAGACAGGGAAGAAUUAGAAGAUAGUCCUGUUUAUGCGCGUCUCUCGCCGAGCGAUCUUGAAGAAUCCGUGUUCGAAGAUAUGUUCUUUUAUCGCUGCAGAUGCGGCGACCGUUACUUGAUUGAGCGAGAUGAUCUUCGAGAAAAGAACACUUUACUCCACAUAACGUGCGAUGGUUGUACACUUAUUAUCGUUGUUGAAACGUAAGUCAAUGUAAAAUUUAUGUAAAAAAAUAUGACGUUAUAUUGUGACACAUCUAUAGACAUUUUUUUUUUUAAAUUUGUAUAUCCUAUAAAACGACUAAACAAGUUAGAUUUACUUAUUCGAAUAUCCAUGCUAGCAAGUAAAAUGGAUUAAACAGAUGAUGGAUCAAAAAGUAUUUUUUUUACAUUUGCCUUAGUAUAAUAUAAGAUAAUAUUCACAGGUAUGUAGAAAGAAGUCAAAAUCGAACAUUUAUUUUGU